UACCGCAGGUCAACAGCAAACACAGCAAAGCGGGUAACCUGACACCUCAUGACGACAACAAUAACAAAAUCGUCAAUCAGCAAGAAACCAAUAGCAGCACCAGCAACAGCACCAACCAACAGCAGCAGCGUCAACAGCAGCACCAACCAACUUCAACCUAAGUUUAAGAUUUUUGAUUCAGUUCUGUAAAAGCACUCAAAUUAAUAAAAACAGAAAUUUAGUAACUGUUAACUGGCGCCCAACAAUCCAUCAACGCACCCGGAGGCUGUGACCAAGGACCAAAAAAACACCCUAGAAGACCACAGAGGCUGUAGCUACAACUACCGGCUCAACACACGUCAACAAGUAAGCGGACGAUUCUCCAAGUAGAUUUAACGAAAGGACAACGAAAUCGCCUCCAUGGACGUAUGGAAAAUCUUUAUAGGGAUACAUUUGUAAGUAGGCAGUGAACAAAAAAAAAAAAAAAAAAAAAAAAAAAGUUGUGAAUCGUAGAUUUAAUAAUUAAGAAGAAUUUAAAUACAAAAGUGAAAAAAAUGUGAAAACUCUGGUAGAGAAAAAAAUUUUGGUGAAUAAUUAAAGAAUUUAAAAAUUGUAACUUCAGGAAAUAGAAAAAUCAAUAGAAUUAAGAAAAGUUGGAAAAAGUUAGAUUUAAUAAUUAAGAAGAAUUUAAGUACAAAAGUGAAAAAAAUGUGAAAACUCUGGUAGAGAAAAAAAUUUUGGUGAAUAAUUAAAGAAUUUAAAAAUUGUAACUUCAGGAAAUAGAAAAAUCAAUAGAAUUAAGAAAAGUUGGAAAAAGUUAGAUUUAAUAAUUAAGAAGAAUUUAAGUACGAAAGUGAAAAAAAUGUGAAAACUCUGGUAGAGAAAAAAAUUUUGGUGAAUAAUUAAAGAAUUUAAAAAUUGUAACUUCAGGAAAUAGAAAAAUCAAUAGAAUUAAGAAAAGUUGGAAAUGGAUCGCCGGAAAUCCAGAUCACGACGAUUUCGAGAUAAUAGAGCAAAAAAUUAACAAUGUUUUGUCAAGCAAUAAUAGGCAGGUUGUAAUAAAUAAUCUGUCUCUAAAAAAAAUAGAUGAACUCACAGAAAAUACCAACAAAAUUAUAAAAAUUGUAAAAACCAAUGAAAAUUUUAUAACCAUGCUCAAAAUGAAAAUUGACCUUUUAAAGGAAGAAAUUGUUAAUGUAAAUUAUGCCAUUCACUGGGCAAAGUCCGGCAUAAUAAAUUCAUUUGUAUUGUCGAACACUGAAGUGAAUAUUGCAAAAGAGCUUUUCGAGAAAGAUUCAAUUCCCUUUGUAAACAUAGAAGAAAUAUUCGAAUUCUCUGAAGUAAAAAUUGCAUCAAAUGAAAAAUCACUUAUUUAUAUUGUCAAUGUACCGACUACGAAUUUAGAUUCCUGCAGUAAACUCUUGAUUAAACCCACUAAGAGUGGGGAUCUUAUUAAUAAAAUUGAUUAUAAUGAAAUACUAGUUUGUAAAAAUGAAUCCUAUGGGAUCCUUAAACCAUGUAAAUCUUUCAAUAAUCUGACUGUUUGUAAUUUAAAUAAUGUCAAAAGAAUAGAAAAAGAAAAUUGUUUGUUAAAUCUUUUAAAAAGCGUAGAAGCAAACUGUACUUUAUUGAGACAUAGCACCACCCCUACAGUAGAGGAAGUCUUGCCUGGGAUGAUUCUACUAAAUCAAUUCGAUGGUACCAUUCUCAUCAACGACGAGCAGUACAAUCUUACGGGAACCUUCAUAAUCAAGUUUCAAAACGCUUCCAUAACAAUUGACAACGAGACAUACAACUAUUUCCAAACAACGUAUGCCGAACCAUUACCUGCAAUCCUACAACCUAGAUCUCCUGGAUCAAAAAUAGAAGAAGUAACCACUUUGGAAUUUGUAAAAAGGAUCCAUCUAAACAAUACAAAAGCGAUAGAACUGUUGAACAUUAAAAACAAAUGGAGUGCGGCCGUGCAUUUACUCACAAUAGCUGCAGCUCUCAUUCUGGUAUUGUUCUUGAUAAGAAGAAAGCAGCGCCCAUUGAUUGAAACCGUUAAUCUAGCACCUCCCAAUCAACUAUCAGUUCCGACAUCGAAUUCAACAAACUUUCCAAGAGACGUACCAAGAUUAUCUCAGAUACCUUACUUCUAACGGUAUUACGAUCGAGGACGCUCGUAACUAAGAGGGGAGGUGUUAACAUCAAAGAUGUUUGCUGGGAUGUCAGCCAAACAAAAAAUUCUUUAUAUUGGAUUUCGAUACCAAAAAAUUGCUGAUUCUAUUGAUUAAUUCAUUGACCGCUGUCAGUCAACAUUGUCCGCCUGCAACAACAAACAGUGAACCAUCAUGAUUUUACCGCAGGUCAACAGCAAACACAGCAAAGCGGGUAACCUGACACCUCAUGACGACAACAAUAACAAAAUCGUCAAUCAGCAAGAAACCAAUAGCAGCACCAGCAACAGCACCAACCAACAGCAGCAGCGCCAACAGCAGCACCAACCAACUUCAACCUAAGUUUAAGAUUUUUGAUUCAGUUCUGUAAAAGCACUCAAAUUAAUAAAAA